GCUUUAGUUUGGAGCAAAUCCUUGUGCUUUUGUUGUUUUUCGUGCAUGGAGCUCCACCUUGGACUCUCUCUGCCAACUAAUCCUUUUCUCCCCAUCGGUUAUGAGCUAAAACAGUGUCCGUUCGACGCUCAUGUUAACGACGGCGCUGGCGGUUGCAGCAGCAGCGUUGGUGGCGGCGGAAAAAAACGAACCUGCUUUGACGACGAGACUCGGGUUGUUCCUAAAACUCUGCCUCUCUUGCUUUGGAACAAUGACCAACCUAAUGAAGAAGAUGACCCGAAUGAUCUCCAUGACAACUUUUCUUCUUCUUCUUCUUCCAUUCUCAAGGAUGACGGAGAGGGUUUAGUGGGGUGGCCGCCGGUGAAAGCCUGGAGGAAGAAGCUCCGCCGCAACGUACACAGCGGCAGACCAAAUAACAAUCGCAUGGUGGCGGCUACGACGGCGGCGAAGUGUGGCUCAACCUACGUGAAAGUGAAAAUGGAAGGGAAUGCAAUUGCCAGGAAGAUUGACAUCAGUGUUCAUCGCUCCUUUGAAUCGCUUACAGCAACCCUGAUGAGAAUGUUCGAUAUAUGCGACGAGCAUUUGCAGAAGAGCUUUAAAAUUGCUUAUCAAGACAGAGAAGGUGACUGGUUGCUAGCUGAAGAUGUUCCCUGGAGGACCUUCAUCCGUUGCUUGAAAUGCAUCAAGUUGAUUCGAAGCGGAUGUUAG